GGCUGCGUAGUUACUUUUGAACCGGGUGGCGGGGAAUAGCUGUAGACGCCAUUAGGGCGCCGACUGCGGUGAGGUUGAUAGUGUUCUCCGUUCGAUCUAGUGAUGGCACAGCAGCUCGCCCGGGAGCAAGGCAUCACCCUGCGUGGGAGCGCAGAAAUCGUGGCGGAGUUUUUUUCAUUUGGCAUCAACAGCAUUUUGUAUCAGCGUGGCAUUUAUCCGUCGGAAACAUUUACUCGAGUGCAGAAAUAUGGACUCACCUUGCUUGUAACUACUGACCCCGAGCUCAUAAAGUAUCUCAAUAAUGUGGUGGAGCAGCUAAAAGAGUGGCUGUACAAGUGCUCAGUUCAGAAACUGGUGGUGGUCAUCUCAAAUAUUGAAAGUGGUGAGGUCCUUGAAAGAUGGCAGUUUGAUAUUGAGUGUGACAAAACUGCAAAAGAGGAAGGUGUUCGUAGAGAAAAGUCCCAGAAAGCCAUACAGGAUGAAAUCCGUUCAGUGAUCAGACAGAUUACAGCUACUGUGACAUUUCUGCCACUGUUGGAAGUUUCUUGUUCAUUUGAUCUGCUGAUUUACACUGACAAAGAUUUGGUGGUACCUGAAAAGUGGGAGGAAUCGGGACCCCAGUUUAUUACCAAUUCAGAAGAAGUCCGUCUACGCUCAUUUACGACCACAAUCCACAAAGUGAAUAGUAUGGUGGCCUACAAAAUGCCUGUCAAUGACUGAAGAGACGGUGAAGAAAACCAAGAUCCAGUGUUAAUAAAUGUGUUUUAUUGUGCCAUUUCUUGGGUUCCUCCUGGACUUGGCAGAGUCAACAAGAGUAUUGCACAUUAUUAAGGGAAACAAUAGAUUUCGUUAGCAUUGUGGAAUGAAUUUCUUUAAAAAUGGUCAUUGUACAUAGAAAAACACCUGUUAAAAUGCUAAAUACUUCCCCUAACAAUUUAGCUAGACCAGGAUAUAAAGAGGCAUUUAAAUGUAAAUACAGCAGAAGGGAUCAAAGCUCUUUUUCUGAGAGUCAGUCAUGAUGCUGCCAAUCUGGAUCCAUUGAGAGGAGCAGGGAGGAUAACUUUACUGUUGAAAAGUUCUGUACUUUACUCUCAUUCCCAACUCAGGUUCAUUUGAUCUGCUGAUUUACACUGACAAAGAUUUGGUGGUACCUGAAAUGUGGGAAGAAUCGGGACCCCAGUUUCUUACCAGUUCUGAAGAAGUCAUCUAUGCUAUGCUCAUGGAAUGUUGGAAGAAUCAGGAGCCCAGAUUCUUACCAGUUCUGAAGAAGUCCAUCUACACUCAUUUAUGACUGCAAUCCACAAAGCGGCCUACAAAACCCUGUCAAAGACUGCAGAGAUGGUGCACAAACCAUCCCCUAUCACAUAAUACCUUCUGCUGUAUUUAUAUUUAAAUGCUUCUUUAUAUCUUGGUUAAGAUUCUUCCAAGCUAAAUCAUUAGGCAAAGUAUUUAGCUUUUUAACAGAAGUUUUUGUAUGUACAGUGACCAUUUUUGAAGGAAUUUAUUCCACAAUGGAUCUGUUGGUUCCCCUUAAUAAUGUGCAGCACUCUUGUUGAUUAUUCUAUGGUAAGUCCAGGAGGAACCCAGGAAAUGCAACAAUAAGACACAUUUCUCUUUAUAUAGACCCCAUAUUGAAAUACAUGCUAAUUAUUGAUUUUGGUGUAUAUAUCUUGAAUUCACAAAGUAGUUGUACUGUUUAAUUUCUGUAAUAAAGAAAUUAUUUUAAUGUUUUAUAAAAAUCAAGCUUUAAAUGACAGUGAUAAAAAAAUUAACCCUUGUGUUUUAAUUUGUGUUACAGUAUGUUUGAUAUUUAGUUUGGUGGUAAUACAGUCAGAUACUUCAAUGGAUUGAGUUCAUGGAUUGUGUUCAUUUUGAUUAUGUGAUGAGGAUGGUUUUGUGCACUGUAAAUUCAGAUGCUUCUUGCUGUGCCCAGAGAUCCAGUUGCAGUCCUGAUGCUGCCGUUGUCAUGUUAGUAGACCAGUAGCAUAGCCGAGUUAGAAUACAUGAGAACACUGCCCAGUUAUAGCUCAAGAAGCUUGUAAUAAAAA